AUGGCAGCAGCGGACUUACAAACCUUUACCUCUAUUAUGGACGCGCUGGUUCGCGUUAAUUCCAGUAUGAAGAGCAUGGAGCAGGAGCUGCGCUGCCCAGUGUGCGAUGAGAUGGUGAAGCAGCCCGUCCUUCUCCCUUGCCAGCACAGUGUGUGUCUCCUCUGUGCGGCUGAGGUGCUCAUACAGAGAGGCUACCCUCCUCCGGAUCUCCCUCCGGAGCCCAACUCUCCAGCCUCCACACCAAACACUCGCUCUCCACGAGGGCCACGCAGGCCCACACCCCGGACUCCUGACCGACUCGAGAGGGUCCUCAAAACAGGUAGAGGAAACAGUUUUUAUGCACCACAAAGCCCAGUAUGUGGGACGUACCCCGGUCUGAGGCGACGGGAGGCGGCCCCUCCCCCCAUGCUGUUCCCCUGUCCUUCCUGUCAGCAGGACGUGGAGCUCGGGGAGAAAGGACUCGCCGACUGCUUUCGUAACCUCACUCUGGAGCGCGUCGUUGAAAGGUACCGGCAGACAAUAAGUCUGGGCAGCGUGGCGAUUAUGUGUGGCUUCUGCAAACCUCCUCAGUCUCUGGAGGCCACUAAGGGCUGUGCCAACUGCAAGACGAACUUCUGCAACGAGUGUUUCAAACUCUACCACCCCUGGGGGACGCCUCGAGCCCAGCACGAACACAUUCUCCCCACCAACAGCUUCAGGCCAAAGGUCCUCACGUGCACGGAGCACGAGCAGGAGAGACUGCAGUGGUACUGCCGUAACUGCCAAAAGCUGGUGUGUCCGCUUUGUAAGCUCCGCCGAGUCCACCAUGGACACAAGGUUUUACCUAUAGCGCAGGCCUACCAGGCCCUCAAGGACAAGAUCAACAAAGAAGUCAGCUUCAUUCUGGCCAAUCAGGAGACCAUACAGAGUCAGAUCACUCAGCUGGAAGCUGCAAUUAAACAGAUGGAGGCUAACAGUGCAGUAGCUCUGCAGCAGCUCACUCAGUGCAUCAGGGAGCUGGGAGCAACGGUCGCUGAGCGUCAGGGGGCUUUGGCCUCGGCCCUGGAGGGGUCCAGGAGCAGGAGAGAGGAGGCCCUGUCCGCUCAGGUCUCUGAGAAGCAGGGUCUGCUGGAGCAGGCAGGUCUCAUGGUGUACACCCAGGAGCUGCUCAAAGAGACGGACGCCCCCUGCUUCGUUCAGGCCGCGAGGGUUACGCACAACAGGCUGCUGAAAGCCAAAGACAACCUGCAGAGUUUCUCUGUUGCUGCUGAGACCUCCUUCAGACACUUCCACCUCGAUGCAUCCAAAGAAAUCAAACUCAUCAACAGCGUGCAGUUCAUACAAGCUCCUCUGGCUCCCGUCAUCGAUACUCAGAAAACUCUAGCUUAUGACCAGCUGUUUCUGUGCUGGCGCCUCCCUCAGGACUCGGCGCCGGCCUGGCACUUUUCUGUCGAGUACCAGCGCCGAGCCGGGGGAGCCGGAGCCGUGUGGGGCGGCGCCGGCUCCCCCAGUUCCUCUACGCCGUGGCAGCACCUGAACGAGGUGAAAGGGACCAGCGCGGUGAUCGAGCGGCUGCAGAUGGACAGCGUGUACGUUCUCAGGGUGAGGGGCUGCAACAAGGCUGGGUUUGGGGAGUACAGUGAAGAGGUUUACCUCCACACACCUCCCGCACCAGUUUUGAGUUUCUCCUUGGACUCUCGCUGGGGUCUUCAUGCUGACCGCUUAGCGUUGGGUAGAGGGCAGACUUACGCCCGCAGCGUGCCCGGUAUUUCUCUUCUUCAGGCUGCGGAUCGCGCCCUCACCUCGUGCCACUUGACCUCUGACCUGCUGGUGGCGGACCUGGCUGUCACUCAAGGCAGACACUACUGGGCAUGCUCCGUGGAGCCUGGGUCUUACUUGGUGAAGGUGGGGGUUGGGCAGGAGGCUAAAUUACAGGAGUGGUUCCAUCUUCCUCAGGAUGUGACGAGCCCUCGCUGUGACCCAGACAGCGGCCAUGACAGCGGGGCAGAAGACAGCCAGGACUCCCCACCUUUUUGCUUUCUCACCGUGGGCACAGGUAAGAUCCUUCUCCCGAAAGGACACAGUCUCACUCCGAGCCACAGUGACAGCCACAGUCAGCGAGGACUGCACUCCCACAAUGGCGGGCCUCACCCUCACACCGCUCCCCUCCCUCCUCGGCUGGGGGUGUGUCUGGACUGCGACAAAGGCCGGGUCACCUUCUACGAUGCCCACUCCCUGCGUAUCCUGUGGGAGGGACACGUGGACUGCUCCGCUCCGGUGUGUCCGGCGUUUUGUUUCAUCGGCGGCGGAGCGCUACAGCUGCAGGACCUCGUGGCCAAUCGGAUCAUCGAGGAGCCGCCGCCACGGAGGGUGACCAUCAAAACACGAGCAACAAAUGCAAGAAAAUAAACGGCUUAUUUACACACGUUCCAGCCGUCUCUCCCUAACUUUGCAAUUCUCCUUUGGACAU